AUGUCUAAGUAAUUUAAAUAAGUAAUUAAACUAACUCUAUUCUUAGAAUCCAUAAAAUUCAUUCAAUAAACUAUUCAAUGUAUAAAUUUCUGUAACAUCAAGACCAAAGUAUUAUGAUGUGUCUAGAAUAUCUAAACCCCUCCAAAAUUUAUCCAAUAUUCCAAAUCGUAAUUAAGAGGAUUAAAUCAAGAAAACUUAAACAAAAUCACCUUUAAAAUAGAAUUUUCAAAAGAACCCUCUUGAAAAUAAAUCAUCCAUAUAAAAUUUAGAUGAGAAGUCUAUUAAUAAGGGGAUAUCUCCAUUAUCAAGAAAUAUUAAGACUUCAGAAUAAUAAUAAUAGGUAUAAUCUGAUAAACAAUCGACACAAUAAAAAUAACCAAUUCAAUUCAAAAAUAAUGAAGAAGAUUAAAUAAAUACAAAUUAAUAAAAUAUUUUAAAAUCAUAAUAAAAUAUAAAACAAUAAGAUGUUCUUAUUUAAUAAAAAUAAUAAAUUAACCUUUAAAAAUAAUCUGUUUAACAAAAAUCAUAGAAUAAUAAAUAAUAAUUAACUAGACCAAAAACAGCAUCAAAAUCUUAAUUAUAAUUGAAGUAAAUAAUCUAAUAAGAUUAAUAAAUAAAUUCUACUUAAUAAGAUUAAUUAUUAAAACUGACUCAUAAAACAAAAUCAUAGAUGAAUUUAAAUUAAAAAUAAGAAUAACCAAUCAAGAAUAGAUAGUAAUAGAUUUUUUAAAGAAAAUAGAGUGUUGAGGAUAAACUUUUAUAAUGUCCAGAGGGAUGUGGAAGAUCUUUUAAUGAAAAUGCUUUAGAAAAACAUUCAAAGGUAUGAAUAAAGAUACAAAAUAAUAUAGAUUUGCAAGAAGGUGUUUCAGUAGAAGAGAAAGGUGUUCAAUUCGUAGAUAUAAAGAAUGAUAGAAGUUGAGAAUGGUGAACAAGAUAGAGGAUGUUAAAUGAAGAAGCAAGUGCAAAUGUAGACAAAUAAAUUAGGAUAGAAGUAAUAAUAGAUAAUAAAAAAUGAAAAACCUAAAUGGUAAGCAUAAAGUGAAGCUUUCAGAGCAAUAAUAAGAUAGGCUAAGGGUUAACAAUUGACAUAAGAAGAGUAGGUUUAAUUGAACAGUGCUAUGGAGAAUGUUUAAAAUUUGGUGUAAUGCAAGUUUUGCAACAGAAAGUUUAAUUCAGAGGUUGCUAAGAAACAUAUAGUUUUUUGUGAGACAAAAGCAAAAUAGUGUGGAAAGAGUGGGAUGUAAAAGAAAAAGAAAUGA